AUGUCCAUUUUAGCAUGCUUAACCAAGAUUGCGAUCAUCCCCUCCUCUUUUACCUUCGUUGGAUGUCAACUCGCUCUUCCUGUGCAUGCUUGCCCAGCCCCCCCCUCUCUCUCCAUACAUCACUAUGUCCAUAUACCGACUGUUUUACUCUCCUAUUCACAGAAUGACUCCGAAGGCACCCACCACUGGCGUGAGGGCAAUCUCCGCUCCAACACAAAGUGUGGCCUCUGCAAAAAGCCCUGCGCCUCCUCCGAAUGCCUCACCGGCUUUCGGUGUCUUUGGUGCGGAACCACGGUAAGCUGGGGACGACAAAUGCAUUCUUUGAACAAGGCGAGGAUCACGAGACUAGCCGAAUUUAUUGACGUCCACGCCAGCUGCUCGAAAAAGCUCUCCCCAAAAUGUGGUUUUGGUCCGCUUCGACAUAUCAUGCUACCGCCCUGGGCUGUUAGCCUUCCUCGACCAGAUAUUCCUUCGGAGUACACUGUUGGCGUCAUUCGACGACCACAGGGUGCGUGCGCGUGUCAUUACGCAUCUCGUAUGCCGUCUUCUGCUUGA